GCGUGGCUUUGCCAAAACAAUGCAUUUGAAGAAACACACACGCGCCAAGGAAUGUUUUUUUUUCUCGUGGGAAUUUUAACGUUUAUUUUGCCGCACGUUUAACUGUAUUUUCCGCUCAGGUAGACGCUGUCGUCAACGCACAGCUCGGGUUUUUGCGGUUUCCGGAAAACACCGUUUACCCUAUGCAGCAGCCGAGAGCGUGUGUUAGCUGGCCAACGUUAGCAAGCUAGCUUCGUCGGGGGGAUAUUAUUAUUGUUCAAAACGAGUCGGACACAGCGGUGCUCAAGUCGAUAUCCUGUUUUUUUCUCUUUUUUUUUCUUUUUACCAAUCUCCUGUCGGAAGAUGCUAUUCGGAUAGAGACGGUUAUAUAACCCAGAAGAAUAACUUGGAUGUGACACGACAUUUUGGAGGUGAAAACACCUGCAGUCUUUCCGAGGAAGCAAAAACUAGCAAAGAAAGUAAAGGGUAAAGACAAUCAGAGGCAACUUCCAAGUGCCUCCACAAUAAAGUUUCCUCUCCCGGAGCGUGACUCGUCUGCACGACGUCACCAAUGCGACCAUGGGAAAUAGCAGUAAAUAGGCUGCCACCAACAGCCCCCUUAAACCUGAGGAGGUUCCUUGGAGAGCCCUGCAACGCUCCAGUGCAUCUCAGGAGAAGUCCACCAGUGAGACGCCAGUGGGGGGGACGAGACAGACCUGUACUGCACAGUUCCCCUGUCCAGGAUGAGAACUUCCAUCAGCUGCUUUUCUCCCAACACCCCCAACAGAUUCCUUUAGAUGAGUCGAGACAGUACAGCCACACCAGCACAGCACCACGCAUGCUCCACCCUGCUGCCCACCUGCCCCAGCAGAGCCCCAUCAUGGUGGAUCUACAUGAUCAGAUGCACCAGGGAUCGGUUCCGAUCUCGUACACUGUUACAACUGUGACGACCCACGGAUUUCCCAUUCACACCGGGCAGCCCCUUCCAGGGUGCAGCGCUCAGCAGCUCCCAGCAUGCUCGGUAAUGUUCAGCGGACAGCUCUCUCUGCUCUGCUGCCUUCCUCCUCCUCUCAUACAGGCAUGUACCAUGCAGCAUAUUCCUGUGUCUUAUCAAGCCUUCCCACCGCUGAUCUCCAGCGAGCAUUUUGUAUUGCACCCGACCCCAUCUGUCCCCCCCCACCAGCCGCCGCACCUUGCUCCUUUGAGCCAGUUUGUCCCUUUACAGCCUCAGCACCCACGCAUGCCUCUACAGAGGGUAGAGAAUGAUGUUGACCUAAGAGGAGACCAGCACCCAUUAGGCACUUUCACCUACCCUCCUUCACAUCACCCACCAGCGCUGCCUCCUUCACUGCCCCUACAGUAUCUUCCUCAAGAGCCUCUGCAUCAGGAGCUUCCUUUCGGAGUGCCAUAUCCACACAUGCUGCCGCGGCGAAUGAAUGGACAGAGGUUUCGGCUGCAGCAGCCUCUCCCCCCUCCUCCUCCUCCAUCUUACUACCCAGGCUUCCUCCCUUAUUUCUUGUCAAUGCUUCCUGUGCCUCCAACAGCUGUGGGUCCAGCCAUCAGCUUAGACCUGGAUGUGGAUGAUGUGGAGAUGGAGAACUAUGAAGCAUUACUGAACUUGGCAGAGAGGUUGGGUGAAGCAAAACCACGCGGACUCACAAAAGCAGAUAUAGAGUUACUUCCGUCCUAUAGAUUCAACUCAAAAAAUCACCUGUCUGAACAAACGCUGUGUGUCGUGUGCUUUAGUGACUUUGAGUGUAGGCAGCUACUUCGAGUAUUACCUUGUAACCACGAAUUCCACGCCAAAUGUGUGGAUAAAUGGUUAAAGACCAAUCGCACUUGUCCGAUCUGCCGAGCCGACGCCUCGGAUGUUCACCGGGAGGUGGAGUGAAAACGGUCUCUGAGUGCUGAACUGGAACGCUGCACACACCAGAGUCUGUCUCAACGCUGGGGACACCUGCCACUUAACCUGCAUCCUCCAGUAAAUAUAGCUUCACGACCCAACGCUCCUGUCUCUGUCAAGACGAUAAAUAAAAAAGGCGGUUCAGGAUUGUUUCUGGAGCGUGUUGUACCUCUGCUGUGCUUCAUUGUUCGAGUGUCAUGAAACCCACUGCCUACUGCAGCCUAUAGCCGGAGUUCUGGGGUCGCCAGCCAGUUCUUUCUCUGCCCUCGUGUUGCAGAUUCCAAAGAUUUUUCCCUACAAUGCAUUAUUUGCUGCUUUUGUUUACAGGGUUUCCUUUUUAUUUUGUGGAUUCGGUGCGGUGUUCACAAAAAAAAAAAAGGGGGGGAAGUCCUGCAUUGGAGGAGAUGAGCUGGAAACCCGGAGGAUGUUAGGCUGGACACCUUGUGCAAUUAGCAGAAAACAAAAAGAUAUUAGGAGUUGUUUCGCGUGGGUUAUCUGUGUUCGGAGACGCUUAACCAUCAGAGAUGCAUGUUUGUGUAGUUGUUGGGCAAAGUGACUUGUUAAUAAUGUAUGUUCUGCAAUAAUGUACUGAUUCUUUUUUUAACACCUUAUUUGUUUUCGACUUUGCCAAUGCUAUUGUGAAAGUGUGACAUGCGAUGGUCACAUGCAGAUUCUGUUCAGCCUGAGGUCAUGGACUGCAAGUGACGGCACACGCAGCUGCAGGGUUUCUUCUCACCCUCACAAUCCACUCUGGAACGCAGAUGUGUCCCGAAGCAGGGAUGGAUUGAUGGACUGCGUCCUUUUGGGGUCAUCUGCCAUAACUGCACAAGUGCUACACCCUCCACGUCAGCAUUGUUUCUCCGGCAAGUGUGCGUGUGUAUGAAUAUUGUGUGUGUGUGCGCGCGCGUGCGUUUGUCCUGUUCACAGAGCCAAUGCAUUUUGUGUAACCACUGGAUACAGGGCAGCAUGCUAGGAUUUGCAUGAACUGUUGAUUCUGACUAGCAAUAUUUUAAUCAAGCGUCACCACCAAAAUGAUCCACUUUUAGGAAAAGAAGCGUAGAAAAAUACUAAAAAGAACUGCUUGCUCACCCAAAAAGCACCGUGAGGGGAGAAAAGGAAAAAAAAAAAAAAAGCACGUGGUUACUCUCGGCUUUACUGAUGCUGUAGAGCUCUGUGCAGAAAGCAAUACGUGCAGCGAGCGGUGAGUUGUAAACUUUUUCUUCCCCUUUUAGGAAGACUUGGGCUUUUUAUUUCUUUGUGAGCCAAAUCCGUUACACAUAUAUAGCCUACUGUUAAAGAUUUCAAAUCUGCCUUUUUAUGACGUUGACAAGCACAAAUCUGUUACUAAUCCUUUGUCAUUUCAACUUUCUUUGAACAGUUAAAAAAAAAAAAAAAAACUUUAUUUAUUGGUUUUAUUCUUGAGAAAAGUCCGUUGAAGGAAACCGUUGAAGCACUAACAAUGUUUGGGCAGGUUGUGUUUUUGAUCCGGUAACUUUGUCAGGUCGUUUUUAGGGUAAUGGUGUUUAAAAAAAUAAUAAGAAGAAAACAAAAACAACUGUGUGUUUAGCUUCAGUGUGAAUGAUUUUAAGAAGAAGAAAAAAAAGUUUGAAGACAAAAGAAUGUUGAAAACUCUUGUAGAAGUCACUGGUGACGCUCCACGUUAACACCUGCUGUCUGUCUUCACGCAGCGGGAGCGUUCAGUCGUACGGAAACACUGAUGAGACUUCUCGGCCCCUGCUUGUGUUACACUACAAAACAAAAAAACCAGGAUAUACUCGGGGUGGGAAAGAAAAAAAAGCAACAAAUGAACUUUUGCUUUGGUAUUUUUUUCUUAACUGCCCCAGUAAGCACUAACAGGCAGUUGUAACCUUUGCUUUGACGCGUGAAGGGUUCCUUUGCCUUUUCUUUAACUUUUGUUUCUUAAGUGAAUGUGUGUCUUUGACGUGUGCCACCUUCAAGAGAAAAAAAAAAGCCAUUUAAUGAGUUAAACCCACAGCUUUGAGAAUUAACCUAUGUGUACAUAUCUAUUUGCUGGCAUAUAUUGUAUGUUUAAAAAAAAAAAAAAUCACUCAGGGCCUCUCGGUAUAUAAAAA